AUGUCGACACACCAGCAAUAUGCGCCGGUGACAGGCAACCGCAAGUAUCUCGCACAGCACCGUCCAAGCGUGCACACCGAAUUCUCCGAACCAUACCUAUCUGGCAUGAUGACCUCCCUCGGUGCUGUUGAUCAUGACACCUACCAGAACCCGCUUAACAGCAGGUACUGCAGCCGCGAGAUGAAGUACAUCUUCUCCCCACGAAAUCGGUUCAGUACCUGGCGACAGCUUUGGGUCUACCUUGCCGAAUCCGAGAAGGAGCUAGGCUUGCCCAUCUCUGACGAGGCCAUCACACAGCUCAAGGCUCAUGUUCGGAUCGAAGACGAUGAGUUCGGCGCUGCUGCUACGGAAGAAAAGCGUCGCCGUCAUGAUGUGAUGGCACAUGUCCACACUUACGGCCUAGUCGCGCCAGAGGCCGCUGGUAUCAUACACUGGGGCGCGACUUCAUGCUACGUGACAGACAACGCAGAUCUGAUCUUCCUGAGAAACGCACUGAACUUGGUGCUCCCUAAGCUCGCAGCUGUGAUACAGCGUCUUGCUGCUUUCGCUAUCGAGUACAAAGAUCUGCCAUGUCUUGGCUACACCCACGGCCAACCUGCACAGCUCGUGACUGUUGGCAAGCGCGCCAGUCUGUGGGUCACCGAUCUUCUGCGCAACCUUCGCAACCUGGAGCAGCAGCGAGAUGAGAUCAUGCACUCCUUCCGUGGCGUCAAGGGUACGACCGGUACUCAGGCCAGCUUUCUCGCUAUCUUCAAAGGCAAGCAUGAGCUGGUCGAGAAGCUAGACGAGCUUGUCACACAGAGAGCAGGCUUCGCUGAGGCAGAGAUUUCCACCAGCCAAACAUACUCCCGGCUAAUCGAUGUGGACGUGCUGCACGCACUGGGCUCCUUCGGCUGUGCCUGCGAGCGCAUAGGCAGUGACAUUCGCCACCUGGCUAUGUUCAAGGAGAUCGAGGAACCCUUCGAGGCUGACCAGAUCGGCUCGAGCGCAAUGGCGUACAAGCGAAAUCCAAUGCGAUCCGAGCGACUCUGUUCACUAGGAAGGAAGCUUCGCAACUUCAGCCCAGAUGCUGAGCAGACUUAUGCUAGCCAGUGGCUUGAGCGAAGCUUGGACGACUCUGCCAUCCGACGUCUUGCUCUUCCCGAGUCUUUCCUGAGCGCUGAUGCUUGCUUGAUCUUGCUCAACAACAUCUCCAAUGGUCUCGUCGUCAACAAGGCUGUCAUCAACCAGCGCAUCGAAGCAGAGAUCCCGUUUAUGGCUACUGAGAACGUCAUCAUGGCCAUGGUCGACAAGGGCAAGUCGCGACAGGAAGUGCACGAAGAAAUCCGUGUCCUCUCUCACCAGGCCGGAGCUGUGGUGAAGCAAGAGGGCAAGCCAAACGACCUCAUCGACCGGAUACGAAACAACGACUACUUCGAGCCAAUCCUGCCUGAGCUGGACACCCUUCUUGACCCUGCCACCUUCAUCGGUCGUUGCCCUGAGCUGGUGCAGAAGCUCGUGGCCACCAAGGUCAAGCCUGCACUCGAGCCAUACUCGGAUGCUCUCAAGGACGCCAAGGUUGCAGAACUGAGCGUCUAA